GACAGCUGUUUCAACGAGCAGGAAAAGCACUCUCCGACGAUAUAUAGAGCGCAAUCUGUGGCUCAUAACAGGUGCAAAUUAACCCAAAACCAUUAUUGUGUAAUGAGAGACUGCAACGAACAAAAAUAAUACCAAGUUGUAACUGUAGAUGUCAUUUUAUUUUAAACGUAUUUUAUUUGGACACAUCAGUCCGCGUCGUGCGAGGAUCGUUUAAAGCGCAGCAGAGCGAAGAGUUGACAACAGCCGGGAUACAGGCAAGAGGAGAUGCUGUGAAAGACCCAGCGCCAGGGAGGCAGAGAGCGGACCUGGGGCUGGAUGUACCCGGCCUUACCCUCCCCAGCGGCUCGCCAUGGGGGAUACCAGAAUUAUAUAUCAUUUGGACGACCAGGAAACUCCGUACCUGGUCAAGCUGCCCAUCGCUGCGGACAGGGUUACUCUUGCCGACUUCAAAAAUGUCCUCAAUAAACCCAACUACACAUUUUUCUUCAAAUCUAUGGACGAUGAUUUCGGGGUGGUGAAAGAGGAGAUCUCAGACAACAAUGCCAAACUGCCCUUUUUCAAUGGCCGAGUCGUGUCAUGGUUGGUGUCAGCAGAUGGUGGCAGGUUGAAUGGUCACACGCGCCCAGAGCGGGAGCUGCGGCGACCGGAGCUGGCGGGCUACGAGAGCUCGUCAACGCUGAUGAGUUCUGAGCUGGAGACGACAAGCUUCUUCGACUCUGAAGACGAUGAUGCACCCAGUCGGUUCAGUGGCUCCACGGAGCAGAGCACGUCGUCGAGGCUCGUGAGACGACAUCGGCGUGCGACGGCGAAACCCAAAGCGCCACGGAUGGAGAGGCAGCGUACAGAUUCCACCAUGUCACUGAACAUCAUCACUGUCACUUUAGAUAUGGGUCAGAGUAACGAGAAAGGAGAUGGAGGAAUCUACAUCGGCUCUAUCAUGACAGGGAGGGCGGUGGCCGCCGACGGACGCAUCGAGCCUGGAGAACAUGCUGCUGCAGGGUUUGAUGACUUGUCAUCUAUCCAUCACAGCGACAUGGCAACAAUUGCCCAAAGCCGAGGGCCCAGUCUAGCGUCUGGCCUGGAAGCUCGGAUGUGGUGGGACUGGCUCUACCAUCACAUGAGGGCUUCAACUGACCGCCGUGAGGCCAGGAUGUAUCGCCCGCAACUGCUGAAGGCCGGCUACAUCCGCACACCGUCAACAAGAUCACCUUCUCCGAGCCAGUGUUACUACAUCUUCGGAGACCUCUGUUGGCAGUUAGAGUCUUACGAUCUCUUCUCUUCCACAGAUAUAUGGCUAGCUCUCCCUGGGGGACCAUCGAUGGGUCGUAGUGGGCGUCGACCAGGGACCCCUCGCUCCCCUGCCCCCAUCCUUGGGGCUGCCCCUGGCCCCUGGCCUUCCCCUACCAUACCCAAUCCCACACCCCUUACAACCCACCACCCUCUGCACGAAGCCACCCCCGAAGCCAACCUGGAGGGGGGGGCAGUGCAGCGCAGCCAGCACAGCGAAGGAAGUCGUAGCAGCAGGUCCAACCGCAGUGCAGUAAGGAAGGAAGCGGCUGCUGAGGGGGCAGGCGGUGGGGAGUCCAAGUGCGACAGGAGCCGCAGCGAAUCAAGAGCUGAGGAGGGAGAAGCCCCCCGGCAGAGCGCCAGUGGCGGGCCUGGUGUACGGACCCCCCGGGACUGCGCGGCUCAGCCCCCCCCUCCCUACCACCAGCGGCCCCCCCUGGGUCCGCCCCCGGGCCGAGAACCUUACCUCUGUGCCCCCCGAACUCAACCGCUGCGUCAAUCGUUCCGCAUGGCCAUGGGGCAACCCAGCGAGUUCUUUGUCGAUUUAUAUGUCAUCACCCGCAGGUUCAGUGGCUCCACGGAGCAGAGCACUUCGUCGAGGCUCAUGAGACGACAUCGGCGGCGGCGGCGGAAACUCAAAGCGCCACGGAUGGAGAGGUCGUCCUCUUUCAGUAGCGUCACAGAUUCCACCAUGUCACUGAACAUCAUCACUGUCACUUUAGAUAUGGAGAAGUAUAACUUCCUGGGCAUCAGCAUUGUAGGUCAGAGUAACGAGAAAGGAGAUGGAGGAAUCUACAUCGGCUCUAUCAUGAAGGGAGGGGCGGUGGCCGCCGACGGACGCAUCGAGCCUGGAGACAUGCUGCUGCAGGUGAAUGACAUUAACUUUGAGAACAUGAGCAAUGAUGAUGCAGUAAGAGUACUGAGGGAGAUUGUGCAUAAGCCAGGUCCUAUUACUCUGACUGUGGCUAAGUGCUGGGAUCCUAACCCUCGAGGAUGCUUCACACUGCCGAGGAGUGAGCCGAUCCGUCCCAUAGACCCUGCUGCCUGGGUGUCCCACACUGCAGCAAUGACAGGGGCGUACCCAGUGUACGGUAUGAGUCCUUCUAUGAGCACCAUCAGCUCCUCCAUCUCAAGCUCCAUCCCUGAGACUGAGCGGUUUGAUGACUUUCAUCUAUCCAUUCACAGCGACAUGGCAACAAUUGCCAAAGCGAUGGCCAAUCUAGCGUCUGGCCUGGAAGUGCGAGACAGGAUGUGGCUCAAGAUCACAAUCCCCUCCGCCUUCAUAGGCUCGGAUGUGGUGGACUGGCUCUACCAUCACAUGGAGGGCUUCACUGACCGCCGUGAGGCCAGGAWGUACGCCAGCAACCUGCUGAAGGCCGGCUACAUCCGGCACACCGUCAACAAGAUCACCUUCUCCGAGCAGUGUUACUACAUCUUCGGAGACCUCUGUGGCAAUAUGGCUAGCCUCUCCCUGGGGGACCACGAUGGGUCGAGUGGGGCGUCCGACCAGGACACCCUCGCUCCCCUGCCCCAUCCUGGGGCUGCCCCCUGGCCCCUGGCCUUCCCCUACCAGUACCCAAUCCCACACCCCUACAACCCACACCCUCUGCACGAGCCACCCCGAAGCCAACCUGGAGGGGGGGGCAGUGCAGGCAGCCAGCACAGCGAAGGGAGUCGUAGCAGCGGGUCCAACCGCAGUGGCAGUAAGAAGGAAGCGGCUGCUGAGGGGGCAGGCGGUGGGGAGUCCAAGUCGACAGGAAGCGGCAGCGAAUCAGAGCUGAGGAGGGAGAAGCCCCCCGGCGAGCGCUCAGUGGCGGUGCUCCUUAGCGAGCACAGCAUGCGCAGCACACACAGCCCGAACAGCUUGGCCCAAAGUGUCCACAGCACCCACUCCCACAGAGGUAGCCUGGUGUACGGACCCCCCGGACUGCCGGCUCAGCCCCCGCCCUCCCUACCCACCACGGCCCCCCCUGGGUCGCCCCCGGGCCGAGACCUAGCCUCUGUGCCCCCCGAACUCACCGCCUCGCGUCAAUCGUUCCGCAUGGCCAUGGGCAACCCCAGCGAGUUCUUUGUCGAUGUCAUGUGAUGUGUGCGCUAGGUGAUCCAGAGGGUGGAUCCUCACUGCAGGUGUUCAGAACUUCCUGGUACAGAGAGAAAGGAGGUGGAGGAGGAGGAAAGGAUAUAGCGGCUAAGAGAAAGACAGGUGGUGCUGAGUGGAAUGUGGGUGUAACUGCAUAGCUCUWCUUCAGUCUGUCGCCAGUCCUGUGGCACCUGUACUUUCGUCAGUGACGAAAAUCGGAGUGGAUGCAGCUCUCUCUCCUUUGUCCCCAUUAAAUAGACAAUUUUGUUAAUGUUCUUUUCCACAUCAGUUUGUGUGUGUGUGUGUAUAUGAGUGAGUCAAUAUGUGGUUGGAAUUGAAUGUUUUCUUUUUGUCAUUUUCUCCCGUCCCACUCAACUGUUAUUGAAUCUCUGUGGACCCUGUGCAACCCCUCUUUAAAAAUCAACACAGUSCAUUCUAGAUGGGAGGAGGCUCAGAGAGAGAGCGAGAGACUGUGGACAUCCUAUUAAAUUAAUAUUUUAAAAUAUGAUCUAUAUAUAUUCUAUACUGUGGACAGGGUCGUGUUCAUUAGGGCAUGCAACGGUUUUAAAACAUUUAGCAACAGGAAACUAAAAUGAGCAUUUCUUUCAAGUAGUUCAAGUAGUCCCUCUGUCUAUUUUAUUCCGUUUGGUGCCUAAUGAACAUGACCCAGGUCCCAGGACUGUGUUAAGGAUGUUGGUGUUUCUCUCUGUGAGUCUUCUCUGCGCUGCACAGUGGGGCGAAACGGAAUGUUCACUCAAAUGAACGUCGGGGGAAAAAACGGUUUUAUAAUCCAUCUUUCCAUAUUGAGUUUCUCAGAAGCUAUCAGUAUACAAGGAGAGAUAUGGAGAAAAGUAGAGAGCAUAUAUGAAAAGGAAUUAAGAGGGAUAGACAUAUUUCAACAUUCAUUUGGGAAUUGAUCACGUUUCUGUCCAAAUUCCAAUCAAAGCAAAUAUGUACUGCAUAUAGAUAUACAUUUGUUAGGUCUAUCAUAUCUAACAGAUGUAAUGGUACUUCUCAUUGCUGUACACUAAGUAGCAGCCAUGUUAAUUGUGAUCGUAAUCUCAGAUAUCGCUCUAACUAAUCAGUGCAAUCAAUAUUGGAAGAUGAAGAGUAUACAAGCUGAACCUUGCGCCAAUAUAUUACACGACACCAGGGUUGGGGUCAAUUCCAUUUCAAUUCGGGAAGUAAACUGAAAUGAAAGCUCAUCUAUGUGGAAAAAAGGGGAAUUGGAAUUUCAAUUUACUUCCUGAAUUGAGCAUAUUUCUGCAAUAAGAAAUGCUCAUUUUAGUUUCCUGUUGCUAAACGUUUUAAAACCGUUGCA